CGGGGAGACAACAUUUAGCUUGCCCGGCAAGCGCCACAUAACUCCUCCCCGUGGAGCCGGGCAGCCUUCCCGAGUGCGCGGCAAGCAGCACCGGCAGCCACACGAAGGCAGCCAGCGCGGAAAAAUCUGGGGAGCAUGGCGGCAGCGGCCGGCAACAUCGAGGCGGUCGACGAGGUCAAUCGGGCGGAUGAGCACGGCCGGACGCAGCUAUGGAUCGCCUGCUGCGACGGCCACGUCGAUGCGACACGGUCGUUGCUGGAGAAAGGCGCGGCGAUCGACCGGGCAACCGAGUGGGGCGCGACGCCGCUGCACAUCGCCUGCCGGAACGGGCACGUCGACGCUGUGCGGCUAUUACUGGACAAAGGCGCGGAGGUCGACCGGGCGACAGAGGAAGGUCAGACGCCGCUAUGGAUAGCCUGCCAGAAGGGCCACGUCGCCGUGGCGCGGCUGUUGCUGGCACAAGGCGCGGACGUCAAUCGGGCGAAUAAGUACGAUGAGACGCCGCUAUUCAUCGCCUGCGAGAACGGCCACGUCGACAUGGAGCGUCUGUUGCUGGACAACGGCGCGGAGGUCGACCGGGCGGUUGGGGACGUGACGCCGCUGCUCGUCGCCUGUUCUGAGGGCCACGUCGACGUGGCACGGCUGUUGCUAGAUAAAGGCGCGGAGGUCGAUCGGGCGGACACGGAGGGCUGGACGCCGUUGCUCACCGCCUGCUCGCAAGGCCACGUCGCCGUGGUGCGGCUGCUGCUGGACCACGGCGCAGACGUCAAUAGGGCGGACGAGGACGGUUCGACGCCGCUGUCAAUCGCAAAAGAAGAGCGCCACUCGUCCAUCGUCGAGCUGCUCGAGGAACACUUGGAUUCGAAGUUCCCACUUCACGCUGCGGCAAGGACCGGCGACGUCGAGGCGAUGAGUCAACUCCUGGACGACGGCGCAGAGGUAGACGCGAAGAAGGACGGCGCGACUCCACUAUUCGUAGCUUGCGAGAAGGGCCACGUCGACUUGGCGCGGCUGCUGUUAGAUAAAGGCGCGGACGUUAAUCAGGCGAAUAAGAAGGGUAGGACGCCGCUAUUCAUCGCCUGCCAGAAGGGCCACGUCGACGCGGCGAGGCUGCUGCUGGACAACGGCGCGGAGGUCGAUCGGGCGAAUAAGUUAGGCGGAACGCCGCUGUUCGUCGCCUGCCAGUACGACCGUGUCGACGCGGCGCGGCUGUUGCUGGAAAAAGGCGCGGCGGUCGAUCGGGCGAUGGAGGACGGUGCGACGCCGCUGUACAUCGCCUGCGCGGCAGGCCACGUCGAAACGGCGCGGCUGGUGCUGGAGAAAGGCGCGGAGGUCGACCUGGCGGCGAAUAACGGUGCGACGCCGCUGUACGUCGCCUGCCAGUUUGGCCACGUCGACGCGGCGCGGCUGCUGCUGGAGAAAGGCGCAGCGGUCGAUCGGGCGACGGAGAGCGGUGCGACGCCGCUGUAUAUAGCCUGCAAGAACGGCCACGUCGACGUGGUGCGGCUGGUGCUGGACAAAGGCGCGGACGUUAAUCGGGCGGACAAGUACGACCAGACGCCGCUGCACGUCGCCUGUCAGAAGGGUCACGUCGAUGCGGCGCGGCUGUUGCUGGAGAACGGCGCGGAGGUCGACCGGGCGGACAAGGACGGCCGGACGCCGCUGUGGAUCGCCUGCCAGCAGGGCCACGUCGACGCGGUGCGGCUGCUGCUGGAGAAAGGCGCGGCGGUCGAUCGGGCGGAUACACAGGGCAGGACGCCGCUGGACGCAGCAAAGCAUCGCCGUCGUGACGCAGUCGUCGCGCUCAUCGAGGACCACCGUUACAAGGCAGACAUCGACGCGACUGCGCCGGUGGCGACCCAGUGGCACGGCAAAAAUCUGGCGAACAUGUAUGCCAGCAAAAAGAGGGCGCUCCAGGAACGCGACGAGGCGCUCGAGCAGGCCAAUAAGCGCGCCGCCAGGGUUGAGCAAGAGCGAGAUGACCACGAGAGCCGCGAGAAGCUCCUAGACUCGAUGGUCCUUCCUCUCGAAGAACAGCGCCGGCAGCUCCAGGAGAUCGUGGGCGACGCGGCGAAAGCGCUGAUUAAUCGAGGCGUGCCGACGCGCGUGCUGCCCGAUGCCGAUACACCGUUCUACUACGCCCGAAACUCCUGGGACACGGAGCAAAGGGUCCCGUGGAACGCCGAGGCGGAUCGCCCGAUGAGCCUCGCCGAGGGCAUCGCGUGGCUCCACGACCACGGAUCGUAAUGUGCGUAAAGAUGGU